CCCGCCUCGCGCACUCCUCCCCUGCAGCGUAGACGAUCUUUGUGCGGGACAGCAGUAUCUGCGUUGAAGCGCGGAUCCUCUCCCGCUGGCUGCUAUGACCUGGCUACCGGACGACACUCGUUCUGCUUCCCGCACCGACCGCUGCGUCUCUGAAAGAGUCGUGUUGUAGCGUGCUUUUCUAUUUGUAUUUUGUUUGUGUGUUGCAGUCGUACACUCAGCAACACGCGCACACACCCCGUCGUGUGUGGUUGCGUUGCCAGGACUUUUUUUUUUUUUAAAUCCUAGCUGCUAGCCUCCGAGGCUAGCUGGCUAGCGGCGCGGUGACGGAGGGGAGCCAGCUGGUCGGACGGAGCUACAGGAGAGGUUAGCAAGCGAGCUAAUUAGCCCCAAAAGACUCAGCCUGGAUUACCGUGUUUGUUCCAAGCGAGAAACAGUCCUGCGGUCUGGAGUCACUGCGGCAAAAUGAAGAUCACUGUGGACUUCGAGGAAUGUUUGCAAGACUCUCCGCGAUUUAGAGCUACCAUAGAGGAAGUGGAGGGGGAUGUGUGCGAGUUGGAAUCCAAGCUCGACAAAUUGGUAAAGCUGUGUAUUGGGAUGAUAGACGCCGGAAAAGCCUACAAUGCAGCCAACAAGCAGUUUGUUAAUGGGAUCCGGGAGCUAGCCCAGCAGUCCACCAGAGAUGAGGUCAUCGAGUCCAGUCUCACAAAGUUUGCAGAGAGCCUGCAAGAGAUGAUCAACUAUCACACGAUAUUAUUCGAUCAGGUCCAGAGAUCAAUCAAGACCCAGCUUCAAACAUUUGUCAAAGAUGACAUACGAAAGUUCAAAGAGGCCAAGAAGCACUUUGAUAAGGUGAGCGAGGAAAAGGAGGGAGCGCUCAUCAAGAACGCGCAGGCUCCCCGCAACAAGCAGCACGAGGUGGAGGAGGCCACAAACAUCCUCACCGCCACUCGCAAGUGCUUCCGACACAUCGUCCUCGACUACGUUUUACAGAUCAAUGUGCUACAAUCAAAGAGAAGAUCCGAAAUCCUGAAAUCAAUGUUGUCCUUCAUGUACGCCCACCUGACGUUCUUCCACCAAGGCUAUGACCUCUUCAGUGAACUCCAACCUCUGAUGAAACAGCUUGGAGGACAGUUGGACCUGCUGGUGGUGGAUGCUGCCAAAGAGAAGAGGGACAUGGAGCAGAAACACUCGACCAUCCAGCAAAAGGCUGCUCUGCAGGAGGUGACUGCGAUCGAGUCAGACUGCCGCAACUUUGUCGCUUGGAGGUCGACCUCCGACUUCUCGAAUGACGACACCAAGCUGGAGUACAAUGUGGAUGCCGACCACGGCAUCGCAAUGGAGGGUUAUCUGUUUAAGAGGGCCAGCAAUGCCUUUAAGACGUGGAAUAGGCGUUGGUUCUCCAUCCAGAACAAUCAGCUAGUUUACCAGAAGAAAUUUAAGGACAACCCAACGGUGGUGGUGGAGGACCUGAGGCUAUGUACCGUCAAACACUGUGAGGACGUAGAGCGUCGCUUCUGUUUCGAAGUGGUGUCCCCCACCAACAGGAGCUGCAUGAUGCAGGCCGACUCGGAGAAGCUGCGACAGGCCUGGAUCAAAGCCGUCCAGAACAGCAUCGCCACCGCCUUCCGCGACAAGGGAGACGACGGCGACAAGCUUGACAGGAAGUCGUCCACGUCGACGGGGAGCCUUGAUUCCGCUGGGGAGCCCAAGGAGAGGUCAAUCAAAGGAGAGAGUGCCCUGCAGAGGGUCCUGGCCAUCCCGGGCAACACCUGCUGCUGCGACUGUGGUCAGCCUGACCCCCGCUGGGCCAGCAUCAAUCUGGGCAUCACCCUCUGUAUACAGUGCUCCGGUAUCCACAGGAGUCUGGGAGUGCACUUCUCUAAGGUUCGGUCUUUGACCCUGGAUACAUGGGAGCCAGAACUUCUCAAGUUGAUGUGCGAACUUGGGAACGGAGUGAUCAAUCAGAUCUACGAGGCUCGGCGGGAGGAGCUGGGAUCCAGAAAGCCGCAACCAGGAGAUCCAAGACACGAGGUGGAGGCCUACAUCAAAGCCAAAUACGUGGACCGGCGUUUUGUGCGGCGGCCCACAGAUGAUGAGCUGCGCGGCAAAGUGGUUUCUCUGAGCAAACAGGAGAAGAGGCUGAGCAGCAGCUCAGAGCAUCUGCCCCCGAGGCCUCCGCCACCCACCCCAAAACUCCGACCCGGUCAGUCAGCCGUUGCCAGCGGCAAGGAGGCCCGCCGCGACUCCCUCUUCUGUCCUGACGAGCUUCACUCACUCUUCUCCUACUUUGACAACUCUGCCAAGCUCAGGAGCAUAAAAAGUAAAGACAGCGGCAUCCAGAACAGCGCAGAUGGGAGCAGGGAGAUGCUGGCCACCACCGCCUCCAAUAGUAGCCUGACGGAUGCAGAUGCCGCCGAGUCUCCCCCGAUGCCGAUGCCUUCCACGCUGCCUCCUCCGUCCCCGUGUAAGGAGGUGGUUUUCUACGAGCCGAAGGAGUACAGCUCGGGUCUGCAGCUCUACUGGGCUGCGUGUGCCCGCAGCCUGCCCGACAUGGCGGAGGCACUGGCCCACGGCGCCGUGGUCAACUGGGUCAACACGGAAGACGACAAGCGGACGCCGCUGAUCAUGGCGGUGCAGGGGGGUUCGCUGGUCACCUGUGAGUUUCUGCUCCAAAACGCAGCCAACGUGAACCAGCAGGACGCUCAGGGCCGAGGACCCCUCCACCACGCCACCAUGCUGGGACACACAGGGCAAGUGUGUUUAUUCUUAAAAAGAGGAGCUAAUCAAAAUGCUGCAGACAUCGAUGAGAAAACCCCCCUGAUAAUAGCAGUGGAUGCAGCCAACGCAGACAUCGUCACACUGUUGCGAUUGGCCAAGAUGAACGAAGAAAUGCGAGAGGCGGAGGGGCCCUACAGCCAGUCAGGAGACGAAACCUACCAGGACAUUUUCCAGGAUUUCACCCACAUGGCGUCCAACGACCCGGACAAGCUGAACCGCUACCAGCAGUACGACGCUCCGCGGCCCUGACGAACAGAUUUAGAGACGAAAUGAACGACAAAGACGUCGUCCACUUUCCCCCCCCCUCAUGUCAUUCAGCAUUAGAGCUGGUUAGUGGUGCCGGACUCCGUUAAAGUGUGGGGGGGGAACCUCACGUUCUUGGUUGUUCCCGGGCCUCCGUGGAGCCUUUAAGUUCAAUAUUCAACUUGAUUUGAAUAUAGACCUUCCAUUUAGUACAUUUUUUGCAACGUCAUACUUCUAAAAGAAAAGAAAAAGUUCCUUCUUUCAAGAACUGUAUUUAAAAUGCCUGUGCUGUAUCAUGAGUUGUGGUAGGAAGUAUGUGCAUGAUUUAAAUAAUACAUUUAAAAAAAGCUCUAUAGGAUUUUUCUGAUUGAUCAUAGGCCUUUUUAUAUGGAAGUUUUUCUUUAGUGAACUCUCAGCAGUAAAUACACGCUUAAUUUUUUGCACAAAUAACUUAAUCUUAAAUCGCCACUGAUGUUUACCAGUUUUGAUGAUAAAGCUUUGACAUUUAAAUGUACAGUUAUUAUGAAAGUAAACAUGUUAUUCAUGUGUCUGUAAUGUUGCUUUUUGGGUGCUAUGUUGUUUUUGUGUUUUACUUUUUACUUUAAAUAUUCCACAUCAGUACUUGUCAGUGAGGCAGUUCAGCCCUUUCACUAUGGUUUCAGUCUUGAGAUUAUUGUGAAAUUCUUAAUCUUAAUUUAGUCAGCCUCAUCCUGAUAUUUAGAGUUAAAGAACUUCCAAAUAAUAUGAACAAAUACAAAAAAAAACUAAAUACUGUCAACCUAAUGCAGCAUUAUUUUAACCAGCUGAAAGUACUGCUCUUCCAAUGGAUUCAGAUGGAACUCACCGCGCACUUUAAAGUACUCCAAUGCAGGCAAAUCAUUGUAAUUAUAUGAUUAGUAUAAUGUUAGAAAUGCAAAUGACAUAGUCUGCUUCUUUAGGAAAUGAUUUUGAUACUUGUGUAAAGGGUUACAUAAAAGAGUUAUUAGACAUUAUUCUAUUCCUGAGUUGUAGCAUCACUGAUAUUUCAUUUGAUGAGUUGUUGAAGUGGGAAAACUUUGAACAAAUACAGUGUGGGAUACAAUUCUUGUACAUUUUGUAGACGACUUUAUACUUCAGUUCCCUGAAGAAUUUAAAGUUAGUGGUACUUGAAUCAAUGUGUAAGCUUUAGUUCAUGCUUUUCUUUGUAACCUCUGGUCAUUUUAGUCCAUUUUAGCCCAUUUUAUAUCGCCUGUCUGUAUACAUGUAAAAUGCAAGAGUUCAAUACACAUGGACUGAGGAUUCAUCGCAGAA